UGCCACUUUUCAUUUCGUACAAGUUUCUCUUCUCCAAAUAUUACGGUAUCUCAAUUGUCGAGUCGACCAACGACCAAAACACACAUGUCACACUAUGCAGAAAGCAAAGUCCGCUUUUGUAAUAUUUAAGCUUUCGUGAUGCCAGUUGUUUAAAUCAUGAAUUUACAUUCAGUAAUAAAAUAUCAGGUCUACACAUAAAUUGAUGUUUUCGAUUAGAAUAAUUAAAUUUAUCAGCUUUGGGGAAAAAAUCAUGACGUAAAUGGUCGAAUAUAUAUUAUGAAGCCUUCUAAAAGAAAUCAUGUAUAAGCGAAUGAACGACAGAAGCUUAGCAACGGAUGAUAAUAAGUAAAAUCAUGAGCAACAAACGUCUAAAAAAUUUAGAACUAAAUAGUAGGAAACGCGCGCCACCAAAAAUGAUAAGAAGCAAAGUGCCACGUACUUCCCCACUUAAACUUGCUAGAUACCGGUUGCGUCCUUUCGCGCGUAUUGGAGUGAAUCAGUCGUGAACGAUCGUGGAUUAUAACGGAUGCUACUGGACAUUACUCUCUCGGCGUGGAUCCUGUUGUAUCUGAUUGUGAGUGCGUCUCCCACGUUCCGACGCUUCCCUGAAAGUUCAUAGAAAUUAAUAUUAGCUUUUGCAUUAUGCACCUCUCCUGUAACUAAUACAAACAGUAAGGGAUCGAUGACUUAAUUAAAAACAAACAGCCGGGAUAAAUGGCAGUGACGUAAAAGAAUGCAUUAUGGAGUUUACCAUAUCAUUAUUAAACAUCCUCCACAGUGAUCUCUGUUUUAUGUAUUCGAACGAUCGAGACCUUUAAGCUGCAUGGAUCGUUCACCAACGUGACUAAUCUCAAAACAGCGAAGCUGCAAAACUGAGAGAUUCGAAAUUUGUAAGAAGAGAAACGUGAUAAGGAUUAAGCGAUACGAGCAUUAUCGGUAUCAUGACGGUUCAAGCAAUACUGAUGAAGAUAAUAGUAAAGUACGGCUUGUUCCUUCUGCGUUGCCUGCUCGGCCCGUUCUUCAAACUGCGAGGCUUGAAGAAGAGACGGCGAUGCCCGGAGAUCACGGAUCGAAUUUUGCUGCUGUCGGCGACAGAAAUCGCGCAGAAAAUCCGCAAGAGAGAGAUCAGCUCCGAGGAAGUGAUCCUCGCGUACGUGAAGCGCUGCAAGGAGGUGAACCCAUCGCUCAACGCUAUCGUGGAAGAUCGUUUCGACGUGGCAAUUCAAGAGGCGCGUGAAAUCGACAGUUUCCUGCAGUCAACGACUAUGGAUGAGGCGAAGAUCGCGAGCGAGAAACCGCUGCUCGGGCUGCCUGUCACGGUUAAAGAAAGUAUUGCUGUUCAAGGGAUGAGUUAUACCGUGGCGGUGAAAGAUACUCCUUCGAGAGCGACAAAAGAUGCCGAAGUUGUGGCGAGGGUCCGCGAGGCCGGUGGGAUUCCUCUUCUCGUUAGCAACACUCCGGAAUUGUGUAUGUGGUGGCAUACAUUCAACAAGGUGACAGGUACCACGAGGAAUCCUUACGAUACCCGGAGGACCGCCGGUGGCUCUUCGGGUGGCGAGGCUGCUCUCGUCGGCUCUGGCGCAUCGAUUCUAAGCUUGGUUUCGGACAUCGGUGGAUCGGCCAGGCUGCCGGCACUGUUUUGUGGCGUUUUUGGCCAUAAACCCACACCAAACUGGGUAUCAGUGGAAGGACAUAAACCUGACUCAAAUGAUAAAAGUUGGCCCACGUUCUUCGCGAUCGGUUCGAUGGUUAGAUACGCCACGGAUCUGCCUCUCUUGUUAACGGCGAUGUCGCAAUCGGACGAAGCGAAAAUUACCUUCAACAAAAAGGUGUGUUUGAAGGACAUAAAAUUCUUCUACAUGGAUGAUUACGGCCCGAUGCCAGGUUCCGCGACCACUGAUGUAGAAAACGCCAUUUGCAAUUUGGUGAAGCACCUGGACGCAAUAGACGGUAUCCAAGUGCAAAAAACAAAUUUGGAAGAUAUGAAACGAUCUUUUGAAUUAAGCAUGAUUAUUCUUCUCAAGAUCCAGGAUAUACAUUCGAUAUUUAAUCGUUUGGAUGAUCCUAAGAAAUCGAAGAGUGUGCUCGCGGAAACACUCAAGUAUAUUUUCUUUAUGUCGCCGCACACUUUCCCCGCUAUUGGCUACGGGAUACUCAAGAACUUUUCCGAGAAAAUAUCGAGCUCCAGGUAUAAUGAAAUGAUGAAGAUAAGGAUGCAAUUGAGAACAAAAUUUGAGGAGCUGUUGGGUGAUAACGGCGUAUUAAUCUGCCCAUCUUUUACCUCGUCGGCGUAUUAUCCUCGCGAGUGUAUGUACAACAUAUGCAAUUUCACUUACAUGAUGAUCUUCAACGUGCUGGGAUUUCCGGUCACGCAGUGUCCGCUUGGCUUCGACAAAAACCAGCUGCCGAUUGGAGUUCAGAUCGUCGCAAAUUCGGGCUGUGACCAUCUGACGUUUGCCGUUGCGCAAGAAAUCGAGAGGACGUUCGGCGGCUGGCAGGAACCGCAGAGCGAACAAUUCGUUUGCAACGUGGCUUAAAUCGCGACGCCGGCACCGUUGAUCUCGCCUCCAACUGUAGUCACGAUCUGACACAAUUGUCGAAAGAUAAAAAGUUAAAUUUACAAGAUAUUAAAAUUGUCGAGAGGCAAAGUUCGAUCAAGCUUAUAAUAACGAAAGAACCUUGUCGAAUUUAAUUUGCAUGCAUUUUUAUCUCACUCUCGGCAAGUGUAGCACAAGUCUGGAGCGCGUGUUAAUUUCAACCAAACUCUUGGCGUAACAUUAAUUUUCGAAUACUUGUAAAUUUUAUCGAACGACGAAUGAUAUUAUAGAAUUUUCGAGGGACUCUAAUAGAAACUUUUCACCUCGCAGCCGAUCUGACGCGGUAUUUUUAUUAAUUUACAUAUUAUACAUUAUAUCGAAAGCUUACAUGAUCUACGAAGAAUAUAGUGUGUUUAUAUCUUUGUAGUAUUUUGGUAGACAAUAAAUUAAUGCGUUUCUGUUA